AUGGCGAGCAGCAUUGGUGAGCUGGCCAUCGUGGCGCACAAGUUCAUCACAGCUCCGCAGGCAAACCCUCAGACCUUCUGCAACGUGAUCAAGUUGGGUACCUUCGUGCGAACCGUUGUGUGGCCCUGCCUGCCGCCAUUGAUGAUGUACCAGUACAUUCGGGGCAAGGACGAAGACAUGUAUGCCAUUGAGGUCCUGUAUCACAAGUCCGGCUCUUCUGAGCCCAAGGCCUUCUGGGAUGCUUCCCGGCUGAAGGGAUCGGGCCACUGGCGCAUGAUGCAGGACUUGGAGACGAUCCGAGCGGCGGCCAACGCUGAGUGA